AUGGAAGUUGUUGCUACGGUCAUUAGCAUCACACGCGCAUUGGUGUUUGUGAUCAAUAUUUUCGAUGAGUGCCGACAAUUGAUUGUGACCAAAGAGCUAGGUUAUCUCCGUGAUAUGGCAGAUGGACUGAGGACCACUCUCAGUCGGACCAAAAAUCCUGCUGAACUUAUCUUGAGACACACAGAUCCCUCGUCUGUAAGUGCUAAUGGCUACAGGGUUCUCUGCGAGGGCCUCCAAAAAAAACUUAUCAACUUCAAGAAGACUGCAAAGAUAAUCAACGACAAGCUUCAAAGUAUUUGUGGCAAAACAGGCUCUACGUUUUCCAAGAACCAUAAGGGUUUGGUAAAGCUCAUACGGCUACAAGCCAACACACGACUCUUCCGACGGUUGCAAGAUCGGGUAUCCUCCCAUGCAUCCUCCAUUGGCUCCUUGCUGCUUGCCAUGGAUACGUACUAUCAAAAAGGAUUCCAGGAAAAGCUUGAUAUCAAGAUUGAUCGCCUGCUGCUGCUUCAGGAAAAAUCUCGGCUACCCAAUGAGCUUGGCACCCAGCAGGUUGGCACGGCCACCUCUUUGCCCAACAAAAGCAAGCCAUUCACCAUUCCUCGACUUGCCACUGACUUUUAUCGAGAGUGGAAUGAUUAA